AUGGUAAAAACUGUGUCGUUGGUCAUAGCCAUGUCAUUGUUAGUUAAUGAUGUGCACUUUAUACAAGAUGGUAGCUUCUUAGAGAGCAAAUAUUUUCCAACGAACUUAGUACAUCUGGUAACAUCGUCUCUUAUUGUCAAGGAGAUCCCGAUCUUUCCGAAACUAUUCUGGAGGGGAUGUCCACUGCUCUGUUCCCUUAGUGAGGUCGCUGUUUGCCUGUUAUUUAUGGAAGCGUCUUUGCGAUACGUUUGGAAUUACGUCCGCGAAUACAUACUGCGUAACUCUGAUGAUCUUCUAGCGCAACUGACCGAUGAUGAAAGACUGGAUUGGCUUCUUUGUCGUCUGUGUUGCGGUCAGCGGAACUGCUCUGAAGUUUUUGCCGCCCUGGUACUCAAGGUUACGAGUUUCGCCUUCCUUUUAGGCGUUUGCUGUUUUCACGGAAGAAACGACAGUUAA